AUGGACAUCGAUCCCGAGGAUCAGGCUGUCAUCAGGCGAUUUCAGACCCUGUCCAAGCAACGACGAGCAAUCAUCUACCGCGGAAUCCUAGAUUCUCUCAGUCGAGAUGAAUGGCGAGAGGUCAAAGCCCGCGGAGAGGCCAUCAGCUUGCACCGCGACAUCUUAGGCAGCCUCCCCAUUGAGCUCGCCCUUUUAAUUGUCGUCCAGCUCCCUUUGGUGGAUGUUGUUCGUCUUCGAAGAGUUUCUCACCACUGGCGGGAUAUACUCUCGUCUCCUCGCGUCUGCCGACAAGCUGUUCAAGUUACAGUGGGCAGUGAUCCCUGGGACCAGGAAUCAUCUUUCAAUCAGCUGCAGUAUCACGGACCUAGUGAUCCGAGUACAACUCACCGCAGGCACCCUCCGAGCAUGUCUCAAACUGUGCCUCUCACCUCCCAGGGCAAUCAUAUUGCCCAUGUCGUCCCCUACCAGGACUGGUCCUUCAAGGAGAUUGCUCGACAAAGACACCGUUUAGAGCAAGGAAAUCCGUUCAAAGUGACCAAGAUACCCGCUCCUCGCUUCGACAACUUCAGAUUCCAUCAGACAAACUAUGACCGGGUGACGUAUUCAUGUGGACGGAUUGCGUGGCUGGAUUCCAUGGAUCCCAGUACCAUCUUCAGCGUGGAACUCAACUCUGGACUUCAAGAAUCCUUCAUGACCGAAAACCGCGACUCUUUUCUUCAAGUCUGCAUCAACCGGCCCCUCUUGGCCGCCAUCACGAUCAGAGGUUACUGUGUCGUGUGGGACAUCGAUACCGGGGAAGAGUCAUCUUUCCGACUUCCGUCUCUACGCCAACACAUAUGUGUUGUGAUCAGCGGGACAAAAGUCGCAGUCGAACUUGGAGAUGGCCUCAUCGUCCACUAUUGCACUCAAAAGAGAGUAACAACAUCCAUGCUGUCACCAGGCAAAGUCGCUGCCGUUGCAGUUCAUCCAUCGCAGGAUCGAAUCACUCUGGUUCGCCUGGUGGGACUGAACAAACAAGGAGAAGAGAUGCCACGGACCAAAGCUACCCACGUGCAUGUGGUCACAUGUACACUGGACAACGUCGACACACAGCAGCAGCAACAACAACAACAACAACAACAACAAUGGCGAAUCACCUCGUCCAAAUACAGCCCCAUUCCAACCUCCAUCUUCCCCAACAAAGACUCAUACCUCCGCCUCGCCACGGAAAAGCAAAAAGCUACUCUACCCAUGUCCACAUCAGGCUGUUCCAGCUCAAUUCUAGAAACCAACUUCCUCAACUCGCCCAAUCCCCCUCAAUCCACCCACAUUGUCGUCGAGCCAGACGGCCGCAUUGCCUUUCACACCUUCGCACAAGAAGGCGAUAAUGUACAUCAAGCUAUUCAGAUCGACAGAGGGCUCCUCUACACACGUCUCAGAGGGGGACACAAUCAACUGGGUGGAAUUGCAAUCAUGAAGCCUCGGAUUCGAUGCGGAAAUUGGGGACUAGGCUUGUAUGUCUGGUAUGACUGGUACAUGGCGCGUUUAUGCCCCGUCAAGUCGAUGCCGGUGUUGUUUGGGGAUCGUCGAUAUGUGAUAUUGGUGGAGAACAAGCAGGCUUGUAUUUGGUGUUUUGAAGAGUCUGAGUUGAGGGACAAUUAUGGCGCUGACUUGUCAAUCUGGGGACAUGGUUCUGAAACCGAGUCUGAUUCUGGUUCUGAUUCGGAUGGGCUGUUGCGUUUAUAG